AUGAGCAGCGAACUCAGCGAAGACGAAACUGCUACAAGGUCCUUGAAGCGGAAAGACAAGUCAGUAGACCUCAUCGAAGUGGACGGAAAAAGAGUUAGCAAAACCUCGACCGGUAAACGGAAGUUUCAUAAAAAAUCCAAAAAUGGCUGCGACAACUGCAAGCGUAGGCGUGUCAAAUGCGAUGAGGGGAAGCCGGCCUGUCAAAAAUGUCUUUCAAUGAAGCUGGAGUGCGUCUACACGCCCGUGGUGGUCCGAAAAUCUAAAAACACAGCCACUACUGCAGAUGGGGUUAAAGUAGCUUCUCUCACAACACAGGGAGACCCCAAUGAAAGCCUUGAAACGCCCACCACUGUAGCAGGAGACCUGAAGCAAGAAUCUGCUAACUCUGGAUCGCCUCAAAACGAAGUGAAACUGGGAAAGACUCCCGCAAGUAGUUUUCAAAGGCAUUCUCAAUCUUCGAACCCCGUUGCUGGCCAACUCGGUUCUCCAGAUAAUCUGCUGCUUCCGCCUCUUUUCCCAGGUGCAAACAUGCAACUACAGCAGCAGAUUCAACAGCAACCCCAAUUGCUUCCGCAGCUCAUGACCCUCAGCAAUUCUGAGAAAUUCGCAGGAUUCGAUUUUCCGAAUAGUCCGCCCUUUCAAUCCACCGCAAUGAACAUUACCAACAGCAUAGGCAGUUUUUUCGCGGCGAACAAGAUUCCUUCCAAUGUUUUGAACAAUCUUACAAGCCAUCAGAACAAUCAGAGUCAACAACAGCAGCAACAGCAGCAACAGCAGCAACAAGGUCAGGCCUCACCUCUUUCGUCCAUACUGCAAUCGCAAGAGAUGGUGCAAACUUUGAGUCGGGCUGGAAUCAAUUUCAAACACAUGGCAAUGUUUUCGACUGCGGGUAUAGGAGGUGUAACAUACGACUUCCAAGAGUUGAUGGGUUUGAAAUCGCAAGAAAGCGCUGAUGGACAAGUAAAAAAUACUAAUACUACUGCUGAAGAGGUCUUAGCUACGCUUCAGCGACAACAACAAAACUUUCAACACAAUGCAUCUCAGAAGGGAAAUGAAAUCGAGAUCAACGGCGAUGAUGGCGAAAAUUUGUCGGCUCUCAACCAGGCAACGCCAAAUCCUGCAAAUAACCCCACUAUAUCACCAGCGGCACCGAUGUCCCCUAUGGGUAAAAACGGUACUUCCGAGGGUCCCCAAUUUUAUCGGCAAAAAUCGUCUUCGGGCGAUGGACUUGAUCUAGAUACCAAGCUUUCAGAUAAACCACUAGGGCAAGAGGGCAAUCAAAAGGACGAAAAGCAAGCAAUACCUGGGUCGAUCGCACGAUUAAUGCAGUUGUCAAACCAAGGAAGUCUCAACUUGGUGGACCUCAAACUAUUCCACCACUACUGUACCGAGACAUGGCCCACUAUCACAUCUGCAGGAAUAAGCGGUAAACAGAUUUGGAGCGAUGAGAUUCCGAAGCUGGCGUUCGACUAUCCUUUUCUCAUGCAUGCACUGUUAGCGUUCAGUGCCACACACCUCUCACGGAAGGAGCCAGGCCUGGAACAGCAUGUAGCUGCACAUCGCUUGGACGCUUUGCGGCUGUUGCGGAAAGCUGUGUUAGAAAUUUCGGAAGAUAACACAGACGCUUUAGUCGCUAGUGCUCUGAUAUUGAUUAUGGACUCGCUGGCGAACGCCGCGUCUCCCGGCCCAACCGCUCCCGACUCUCUCACUGCAUCAAUAUCUCCGUCUGCAUGGAUUUUCCACGUCAAAGGUGCUGCUACCAUUCUAACUGCGGUGUGGCCCCUGACUGAAAAGUCCCGAUUCCACAAUCUCAUAUCUGUCGAUCUCAGCGAUCUUGGUGACGUUAUAAAUCAGGACAGCGGAACCGUCUCUGAGCUCGUAUGUUUCGAUGAAAGCAUUUCAGACCUAUACCCGGUCGAGAUCGACUCCCCCUACCUGAUUACUUUAGCAUACCUGGACAAACUGCAUCGCGAGAAAAACCAGUCAGAUUUCGUUCUGCGAGUUUUCGCAUUUCCCGCAUUAUUGGACAAAACCUUUCUGGCAUUAUUAAUGACAGGCGACAUGGGCGCCAUGCGCAUUAUGAGAUGUUACUACCAACUACUUCGUGGUUUUGCCACAGAAGUCAAGGACAAAGUUUGGUUCCUCGAAGGUGUCACUCAGGUGUUGCCUCAGGACGUCGACGACUACAGCGGUGGUGGCAUGCACAUGAUGUUGGACUUUUUGGGUGGAGGCUUGCCAUCCAUGACCACAACGAAUCUGCAGCCUGGUCUGACCGAUUUUAUGUAG